UUUGAGGCACUUUGAGCCCUCUCUCACGACUUGAGGAGCAACUUCCUCAGCCACACGCGGAUUUGUAAUACCACGGAAUCCAAACUGGUUCACAUGUCUUGAUCGGCAACCUUUCUCCGUAGGAUUUUUACAAGAAGAAGAAGAAGAACAGAAGAACGAUGGUUCAAAGGCUCACGUUAAGGCGGCGGCUUAGUUAUAACACAGCCAGCAACCAGAGACGAAUUGUCCGUACCCCCGGCGGCCGACUGGUUUACCAAUAUGUAAAGAAGCCCAGGAAGGUCCCCAAGUGUGGGAACUGCAAGGUGACACUCCGUGGUAUUGCGCCUGCAAGAUCUCGCGAAAGGUCACGACAAUCCAGACGGUUGAAAAUGGUCAAGCGAGCCUAUGGAGGUGUCCUUUGCCACAAAUGCGUGAAAGAGCGCAUCGUUCGAGCCUUCCUCAUAGAAGAACAGAAGAUCGUCGUUAAGUUGAUGAAGUCUCAGUCCCCCAAAGGAAAGGCAAAGGUCGCUGCUAAGUGAUGGGAUUAAGUUUGUAUAACUUUUAAUGUUGAAAUAAAUUUAAAACACAAAGUUGUAAGUUA